UCUAACCAUCCAUGUCUCCAACCACAAGGAAGUUUGUUGAGUUGUUUCCCCCAGACUUGCCUUCCCUGGCCCUGGCCAUGGGAGAAGACAGGACACACCAAGGACCAAGAGAAAAGUCCCAUGCAACCUGACUUGUAUGUUGAGGAGCUACUUCACCACUAAACACUGAGGAACUCCAGUGACUCAAAAGAGAUAUGAUAAGGCCAGUUCACUUUACAUGUAAUGAGGAGCAAAACCCCAACAAGCCUAUCCAGCUCAGAGCAGGGAAUCAUUAACUAGAAGGUGAUAAUGAAGAAGCACACGUCACCAGAUAAACCCAACUGCUUCCUUCAAAAGCACGUUCAAGCUCCAGCCUAAAGGAGAAGUCUCAUUCAGUCCCUACUGACCACAGGAACAUGACUUCACAGCUUUGCUGGGCCUGGAUUUUUAUCCUUCUCCUGCCCGGCCUCACGGAUGGAGGGAAACUCCUGGUGGUGCCCAUGGAUGGAAGCCCCUGGCUCAGCAUGAAGUGUCUGGUGGAAAAGCUCACUGAGAGAGGACACGAAGUGGUGGUGGUGAUGCCAGACGUCAGCUGGAGGAUGGGAGCAGCACAGGAGUACACGGUGAAAACAUUCCCAGUGUCCUACACACUAGAAGAGCUGGAUCAUGCCUUCAGUAUAUUCUAUGAGGCUCACCUGAAGCAAGACCCUUUCCCACUGAACAUUCUAAAACUGCAGGAGAGUGCAAAUGAGAUGUUCAGUUUAUUUUCAACUCAGUGCAAGGACCUGUUCAACAACAAGGAGAUCAUGCAGUACCUGAAUCAAAGCAGCUUUGAUGCUGUCCUGACAGACCCCAUCAUUCUGUGUGGAGCAACCCUGGCCAAUUAUUUGUCUCUUCCCGUUGUGUUCUACGUGAGAGGACUUCCUUGCAACUUACACUAUGCAAUACCCCAAUGCCCAAGCCCUCUGUCCUACAUCCCAAUGUUCUUCACCCCCAACUCAGACCAAAUGACUUUUUUCCAGAGAGUGGAAAAUGUCCUGGUUGCCUUCCUACAACUUGGGUACUGUCAUCGUUUCUCUGAAGAUGCACUCAAGCUCACCUCUGAAGUUCUUCAGAGGGAUGUGUCCCUGGAAGACCUCCUGAGUCGUGCCUCCAUUUGGCUUCUGAGGCUUGACUUUGUGUUUGAGUACAGCCGACCAGUGAUGCCCAACAUGGUCUUUGUUGGAGGCAUGAACUGUGCUAAGAGGAAACCUCUCUCUCAGGUAUGUUUCUCUUCCUCCAGAUUAUACUUUUUCCCAGUGGAAUGAGAUCAGGUCAUUUCUGGAAAUGUUGUUGAAUUAUUUCUCCUAUCUAUUCAGGGUUUAACACAGCCAGGUUUGGGCAGUUUUCCACAGCUUGAAACCAAAUGACCUUCUUUCAGUUCAUGAGCAUUUUCUGAAAAGUCCAACAGGAACUUCCCUUCUCAUCACAUCUGACAAAAACCCCUGAGAGCAUCUGCUCAGAGUCGUCUGGUGUUUCUCACUCUAGGCUCAGCAAAGUCAGUUAUUUGCUUUGGUUGUGUUUCCAUGACACAGGGCUCCCAAACUGGCUGGUUGUGUGAAGUUCAUUCUGUUGGUAGGUGCUGGUGGAACAGCAAUGUCCUGCUGCAAUGGGAGGUGGAUCUGAACUCGUGUGUCUGCUGAAAGGCACUUGUGUGCAAGGCUCAGCUACGUUUUCAUUCCUCUUUCCUGUCUUUGGCUUUCAACAGAAAUGUCCUGCAGGGUUUUUUUAAAGCUAAUCCAUGUAUUUCAUUCUACUUUGAUACUUAGCUUUUAAGACAGUUCUAUGAAUCCACCUCAUACUGCAGUGGCAAAAUACACUUCAGGGAAGUAUGAAACAAAGUUCAACCUCUGUGCUUUGUGCAUCUUCAGGGCACUGUGUGUAUCAACCUGCAAUGGCUGCUCCAACCACGCAGCUCAUCUCACUGUCCUCUCCAGUCUGCUUUUGUCCACAUCCCUCUGCCUCCAUCUUUUACUGCACAGAUCUUGAAAGCAGCUGCAAAACAUGUUUCUUUUCCACAGCAAGUUUGUCUUCUGGUUAAAUUGUAACAUCUUCUCUCAUGUGAGUCUGAAGGUACAAUAUUUGACAAGAGACUGUGCACACAAAUCUAGAGAGAUUCUGAGCGUAUUAUGUCUAGAAAUGUCAAAGCAAAUGUCAGGGUAUGUCCAGAGCUGUGGAAAACAUCAGGGGGGAGUCAGACAGGGUUAUGUUUAGCAGCCACCAACCUGCACUUCACUGUCACCCUCUUGCCUGACACUGUGUAGCACUAAAAAAGAUACUUGGAUUUAAUUACACAAGGGUUCCUCCAUGCAUAAGCCUGAUCCAUCUUUCACAAAGCUGGGAAAUCAAAUUACAUCCUUACUCAUGCAUUUGAGCAGCCCCUUCCUGCUCGCCAGGGCACAGGGGGCUGAGCAAUCUCACCCAACAGCAGGCAAACAAAUCCAACACUUCAUCACAGGCUGCCCCAACAAACCUGGGGUUUUAGGUCUAGUGUUAGUGCUGCUCAUUUACCAAGGAGCUGCUGAGCCAUCUCCUCGCUGCCCUGAGUGUCACCCACUCACUGCUGGUUGCUCAGCUCAGAAGAAAUCCACACAUCACAACCAGUCCAACCCAGUGAUCAGCACUUGGAGAGAGUUUGAGUAUCUUUUCCAGCUGAAGCAGCUCUAUGGUGAGGGGUGAGCACCCCUGCAACCAAACCCUUCAGUGAGGUUAUGGCUUAAGAUCUAAGGAAGCUUAGCUCCUCAGAGCUGCUCCCUCAAGAGGGAGGGAGGGAAGGAUCAAAGCUUUCCCACCAGACAUGUGUAGAAACUACACGUGACAGAAAGCUCCACCAGUGAUGGAGAGCCCUGGAUGUCUGGGAGGGGCAAACUGGGUCCCAAAGGCCCCUGCCCAGCCUCCUACUUGCAGACCUCUCUGGUGAGUGGUUCUCACCAACAGCCAAACCCCAGCAAUUCACAGUCCAGAAGGAUCUGGUCCCACCGUGUCCAUGGACUGGUUCAGCCAUGAACUGACCUGACACGGGCCAUGAAAACGUGAGUUCAGGGGUUAGAAACACGUUGUUGAGUCACAUUAACUGGGGUACAAAGGUGAACUGCUCUUGUGCAACUUAGUUGUGUAGCCAAGGGGAUGAGAGGUCAGGUGGAAGUUGCAUCUAGAGCUGGGGAACAGAUUGUCUCUUGGCUAAUUCCCUUCAGAAAACUGCAGGUCUGCAUCCAUGAGAAGAAGAAUUCCUUUUUCUCUGCUGCACCAAAUAGUGUUGGUUAUUCAAAGUGUUGGUUAUUAAAAAACAGCCCAGACCCCAGCCCAGGCACUUGACCUUUGACUUCUCACCUUCCUCUUGCCUGUAAGUUUCUCUGAAGAAAACUGCAUUUUGCCACUUACUCAGCAGUUGCUCUACACAAGGAAACAGAGACAGUGUCUCUUCAGGGUGUCACUGGAGACUGUGGAGGUGCCUGCCAGCUCAGAAGAGCUGGAUCAUCUGCCCCCUCCCCUCAUCCUGAGGGUCUCCUCUCCUGUCCUCAGAGAAAGUAUCUAACCAUCCUUGUCUCCAACCACAAGGAAGUUUGUUGAGUUGUUUCCCCCAGACUUGCCUUCUCUGGCCCUGGCCAAGGGAGAAGACAGGACACACAAAGGACCAAGAGAGAGGUCCCAUGCAAACUGUCUCUCAUGUUGAGGAGCUACUUCUCCAUUGAACACUGAGGAAGU